AUGAGUGAAUUAUCAUCAUCUGUUCAAGAACAAAAAUCAUCAUCAUGGUUUAGUAAUUUUAGUUUACCAACAAAUUUAACUAAUCAAUUAUCAAAUUUAAGUUCAACAAUUAUUCAAACAACAUCGAAAGUAGGCACUGCUGCUAAUACAUUUGUUCAAAAAUCAAUUCAAGAACGAUUUUUAACAUCUAAUGAAAAUGAACAACAAACAUCUGAAACAAUAAAAACAAAUAAAGAUUUCACUAGUAUUCUUAAUGAUCUUGGUUCUACUGUACUUAAAAGUGCUCAACAAUUAAAACAAGUUGUAGAAGAAAAAACUAUAAUUGGUAAUUUUACAAAAGAACAAGAAAAAUUUUUAAUAGAUAAAAAUAUUAAACAAAGACAUGAAGAAACAGCUGUACUUCCAUGGAUUGGUUAUGAACAAGAAGAAGAAAUGAAAAAACAAAUUUUAGCUCUUUCACAAGAAAAACGUAAUUUUCUUCGUAGUCCACCACCUGGAGCUAAUUAUCAUUUUGAUAUGACAGCUAUUUAUCCUGUUGCAUUAGCUAUUCUUGAAGUUGAUGAAAAUUUAAAUCAAAUGCGUUUUGCUCUUGUACCAAAACAAAUUAAUGAAGAAUCAUUCUGGCGUAAUUAUUUCUAUCGUGUAAGUUUAAUAAAACAAUCGACUCAAUUAACAGCUUUAACAAGUGAAAAUGCAAAUACUCCAUCAAACAAUGAAACACAUAAUUCAUCAAAUAAGUCGAUUUUAACACAUCGAACAUCUGAAUCACAAGAAAAAACAUCUGAUAUUAAUCAAGAAUUUGUCAGUGAAGAUUAUGAUACAUCAGCUUUAAGUAUGGAUGAUAUUCGACGUGAAAUUGAAGAAUUAACUGUAGCAAAAAAAAAUUUAAAUAAAACAAAACAUAGUAAUUCAGAUUUAGAUGAAAGUGAAUGGGAUAAAGGAUUAGCUGAUGAACUUGAAAAUGUUACUGCUGAAGAACUUGAAGCACAAAUUAAUGAAAUAUUAAGUGGCACUACUAAAUGA